AUGUCUCAAGUUUUCUCUGUAUUAGUACUACUGGUAUUACUUCAUGUAUUUAUAUCGCUGUUACUGUUUUUACCACUGUUAGUAUUACUGUUCAUAAUCAUAUCAAUACUAAAAAUCUACUCACCACAUUCAGAACAAUCAUGGACCCCCAAUUCUGAUGAGUGUAACAAUUGGCGAACCAGUCGGAUUGAAGUUGAUGAGAAUUCAAAUCCAGUACAGGCAGAUUUUGAAAAUGAAGCCAGAAAUCAAGAAACCAACAGUGGGUAUUCCAGCAGAAAUAGGAAUAAAAAUAUCAAUGAUUCUUCUGCGGUGAAUGGUGGUUUCAGCAGAAACGUUUCUAGCCAAUCAUUUGAACUUGGUGGUAAUUCAAAUCGAAAUGAAGAUGUUAGGAGACAUGAUAAUGAGAAUAAUUUGGAUUAUAAUGAUUAUGAAAAUCUUCAAACUGCUACAGAUAACAAUGAUUCUAAUAUCAAUUCGAAUGAUAAUCCAAAUCGAAACCAAAACGAUCUCAACAGUGAUUACAAUGAUAGUCACUCUAUUCGUGAUCAUGGUUAUUAUGAGGAACGUGAUCUAACCACAAGAAUUGGAUCUAGCAAUUCACAUUCUCCAAAUAAUCAACAAACUACAAGAACAAGGAGGGAAAGUAGACAGUCAGAUAACAAUGCUUCAGAUAGAGAUAUCGCAGUAGGAUCUAAUCCCACAUCAUUAUAUUCAGGUUCUAGUUCUUCAAGAGAAUUAUUAUUUUCAAGUGAUAGCGAACGUGAUUGUGAAUGUGGAUGUCAAUAUAACUAUAGAUAUCAAACUCAGUAUCGAUAUGGACCACCAAAGAGAAAGAGUUUCACUUCUAAAUCUUUUGUUAAUGUUGCACAAAAAAUUGAUAAAUAUUUUGUUUAUUCACCUAGUGAUUAUAAUGGUAAGACUUCAAAACAUGACAAGGAAACUAAACCACGAACAAGUACAUUUAAUAAUUUGUCAGGUUCCAAUUUUUGGUCCAAGUUUCAAGAUCUAUUACUUAAUUCAGUCCCACCACCGUCAGGAUCCCAAAAUAAUGGAGUACUUAAUGAUGUCUUUAAACCAAAACAAAAUUCAAUUUUCAAGAAAUUAAGUAACGUAUUCACUACUAAAUAUGAUUCUAACUACAAUUAUUCUUCAGAUGAUGAAAUAAACUCACUUCCCCUGCUUCCAACACAUGCUGAUAUUAGACCUGAAGGUAAUUCGGAUACAGAUGAUUUAACAACGUAA